AUGUCCUGCUCCUAUGGCACCAACGUUGCUCGCAUUGGCAAUUUCAGCUCAUCCUCUCUUGCUCUUCCCAGGAGUGGGCAAAGCUUUGGUAGAGUCUUGUGUCGCCAACGUGGGUUGGGUUCCUUCAGCACCAGGAGCCUCAGCGGUGUAGCAUCUUCCAGACCCAGAAUAGACGUAGGAAGGUGUCCUCCUACAAGAUGUGGAUAUGGUUUUGGUGCUGCUGGAGCUGGAUUUGGCUGCAGAGGUGCUGGCUUUGGUUACAGGGUUGGUGGAUCCUCUGGGCUGUGCACCAUUGUACCCAUCACUGUCAAUGAGAAACUGCUACAACCACUCCAACUGGAGCUCGACCCCAACGUGCAGACCGUGAAGUACCAAGAAAAGGAGCAGAUCAAGACCCUCAACAACAAAUUUGCUUCUUUCAUUGAAAAGGUGCGAUUACUGGAGCAGCAGAACGAGGUGCUGGAGACCAAGUGGAACUUUCUGCAGGGUCAGAAACAUUGCAGGAACACCAUCGUGCCCAUGUUGGAGGCUUGCAUCGGGAACUUGAAGAAGCAGCUGGAAGCGCUGGGGUGCAACAGAGCCCAGUUAGAAACAUGCCUGAAAGCAGCCCAAGAGGCUGUGGAAACCAACAAGAAAAUGUAUGAGGACGAAUGCAGCCAACGGAGCUGCACUGAGAAGGAGUUCAUUGCCCUGAAGAAGGAUGUGGACUGCUUUUUCUUAAGCAAAGCAGAGCUGGGGGCCAAGGUGGGAAGGAUGGAAGGAGAGUUUGACUUCCUCAGGUUGCUCUAUGAGGAGGAGAGCCACCAGCUGCAGGUCCACAUCUCAGACACGGCAGUGGUUGUGCAGAUGGACAACAGCCGGGAUCCUGAUCUGGAUGGCGUUGUUGCCAACAUCAAGGCUCACUAUGAGGACACUGCCUGCAGGAGCAGGGCAGAAACUGAAGCCUGGUGUAAAGGCAAGUUCGAGGAGCUGCGAGUUACUGCAGGCAGAAAUGCUGAUAGUCUGCAAGAGAAGAAAAGAGAGGCGGCCGAGCUGACACGGGUGGUCAAGAAACUGAGUGGAGAAGUCAGGAGUGCCAAGGAGCAGUGCUGCAAACUGGAAAUGGCCAUGGCUGAUGCUGAGCAGCACAAGGAAACGUCCAUCAAGGAUGCAAAGAGCAAACUCACCAAGCUGCAGGCGGCUCUGCAGAAGGCGAAGCAGGACCUGGCCCGGCAGCUGUGGGAGUUCCAGGAGCUGAUGAACAUCAAGCUGGCUCUGGACAUCGAGAUCACAACCUACAGAAAGCUGCUGGAGGGUGAGGAGAGCAGGCUCUGUGCAGAAGGAGGCAUCCCUGUCAACAUCUCUUUGCCUUCCACAGCUGUCUGCCAUUCCCAAGGAGGUCUCGCCUACAGCCCAGAACCCAGCUUUGCUGGGUCGGCCAACGGAAGCUCACGCAUUAGGAGUGGGAGCACCCACAUGAAGGUUGUGUCCGUGGGCAAGUCAACUGUGUAA